AUGCUGUCUCGAUCCAGAGCUAACACAUUCAGUGGCAAAGGGAGUGUGUCUGAUCCCAUCGCUAUCAGCUUUGCUUCUGUGAGGCUGCCUCCCAAGCAUCUUUCUCUGCGCAGGCAAGGUGCCUGUGACAGUGAUACUGCCUCCUCCAGUGAUAACUCCCCUUUCAGUUCUCCGCUUCUCAACAGGUCACUCCCCAGAUCCUGCUCCCUGAUCAAAACACAAAGUCAGGAGGGAUUGCUCUGCCUAGCGCUGAAAGCCAAGAACAAAUCCAGUGUGGCCAGGAACAAUUCUCUCUCUACAGAGGAGAGCAGCUCCACUGAUAACAGCCCCAGUGCCAUCAGGCGGGCCUCAGAGGGGCUGCUUGCCACACGCAGCUUCAGCAUGUCCUCUUCUCCCAUCUUCCCCCUGGACCUGACCCGCAGCCGGGAGAGACUCAUGGGAGAGAGCACUGUGGUAAUGGACAAGGGAGGCAUGUUGAGGCUCUCAGCUGAAUACUGCUUAGAGAAUAAAAGGCUGCGGAUCCGCCUAAUCAGUGCAGAGGGUUUAUAUGAUGACUCUGUAGAGCCCAAAAGCAUAAACUGUUGUAUCACCUUCUCCCUGGUGCCAGGGAAAGCACAGAAGCAGAGAAGCACUGUUAUAAAGAGAAGCAGAAAUCCUAUCUUCAAUGAGGACUUCUUUUUUGAUGGCAUUGCAGAAGAAGAGCUUUACAGCCUCUCUGUAAGGAUGAAAGCAGUGAAUAAAGGGUGCAGUAUGAAACGGGGCUACACCUUAGGAGAACGGGAAUUGUCUUUAAUGAGUAUGUUGUCAGUGUAAUGCUUUAAACAUUCUAACAGACUAAUUAUUAUGUCUUUUGAAAGUUUUCUACUAAAUAAAGUUUUGGGUUGAUG